AUGCGAGUGCUCCAGUCGCAAGAAAGUGUCAUGCUGGCCCAAGCAUCCGCGGAAGCGGUUGUCAUUGGUUUGGCAGUACUUCAUCUUGCACAGACUGUUCUGCGUUUUUCUGGGCGUAAUGAGUUUUUUCCAAUGCAUACAAUAUUGAAAGUCCGCA